ACAAUUAUAAAUAAAAUUUUCACAGAGAAGAAGAAGAACAAGAAGAGCAGCGAAGGUCAUUCUCACGGGGUAAUCGGAUUCCCGAGGCGAUCGAUUUCGGGAAGGAGAGAGACAAAGCAAUGUCCGAGUCUCUCAGAGCUUUGUGAUCUUUUCUCCCCGGACCCCAUGUUUCUGGUAGGAUCGCUGUUACGUUUCGGAUCUGUAAUAUUUUGGAUUGUUCAUAUAAUCGCAUGCAUGGGUGGUUGUCUGGGAAUCCAUUGUAAAUCCAAACUGAUUACCUCAAUCAGUGAGCCACUAAAAAGACCAAAGCUUCAAGAGCAAAAAGCGUCAAAACUAAGCAUAUCUGAGGAUUUUUGGACCACCAACACGUGUGAAAUGGACAACAGUGCAGUGCAGUCACAAGGAAGCAUCUCGUCAAUUAGCACAUCAACCCUGACAGUUGAUCCCCAUGGCACUAGCAGUCAAAACACCCCUUCGGAAUUUGUAAAUCCUGGUCUUCUUCUCUGGAACCAAACUAGGCUGCAGUGGAUAGGAAAUAAAAAGUCCGAGAAUCAGGCACAACAGCUUCGUGAACCUAAACUAAGUUGGAAUGCAACCUACGAAAGUUUGCUUGGGAGCAACAAGCCAUUUCGCCGGCCUAUACCUCUCCCUGAAAUGGUAGAUUUUCUUGUCGACAUAUGGGAACAAGACGGUUUGUAUGAUUGAGAAAAGCAUUAGUAUAGUUUGCUCACAACCCACGAGUGCUGUUAUCAAAGUUAAAUUGCUAUGGUGACAGAAAGUCAAUUGGGCAAGGCGUGGUCUGUACAUUAACUACAACAUUAUCAUCAUGUGCCCAGGUUGAUGUCUUGCAGGUUUUUUUCGAGAUAUGCCUUAGCAUUACACUGUAUUCUCUAAUUUAUAAAAGUGGUUGCCUGUGCCAUUCUUGGCAUCAGAUUUUUGUGGAA